AUGUGGAAACAGAUUCUAAGUAAGCUUCCCAAAAAGUCUUCAAAGAACGAGCACCGUGGACGUGACCACGGCGGCCAUUCUUCCUCCUCUCAUGCCUCCGGUGCAUCUACUUCCAAAAGCGGUGACAAUGCCGCCGGAAAAGCAGGGAACUCUCAGAGCAAGAACGGUCCUUCAGGUGGCAAAUCUGACAAAGAUGGGAACGUAAAGAUCACUGUGAACAACAACAACAACAACAACAACAACAAUGGAGUCGUCUUCACUCCUUAUGAAGCAUUGCCGAGUUUCAAAGACGUUCCAAACACGGAGAAGCAAAGCCUCUUCAUAAAAAAGCUAAACCUGUGCCGCGUUGUGUUUGAUUUCACUGAUCCAACAAAGAACAUGAAGGAGAAAGAGAUCAAGAGGCAGACAUUGAUGGAGCUUGUGGACUAUGUGAACUCAGCCAAUGGUAAAUUCAGCGAAUCCGGGAUUCAAGAAGUCGUCCGGAUGGUCUCUGCCAACAUAUUCAGAACGCUGAAUCCUCAACCACGUGAGAACAAAGUUAUUGACGCCUUGGAUCUUGAGGAGGAAGAGCCUUCCAUGGAUCUUGCUUGGCCUCAUUUGCAGCUCGUGUAUGAGCUUUUCUUGAGGUUCGUUGCUUCCCCUGAGACUGACACCAAGUUGGCUAAGCGUUACAUUGACCAAUCUUUCGUCCUCCGGUUACUUGAUCUGUUUGAUUCCGAGGAUCCUAGAGAGAGAGAUUGUCUGAAAACAAUCCUCCAUCGGAUCUACGGUAAAUUUAUGGUUCAUCGUCCUUUCAUCAGGAAGUCCAUAAACAACAUCUUCUACCGGUUUGUGUUCGAGACGGAGAAACACAACGGGAUUGCUGAGUUUCUUGAGAUCUUGGGGAGUAUCAUCAAUGGGUUUGCUCUUCCGUUGAAAGACGAGCACAAAGUGUUUCUGGUUCGGGUUUUGAUACCGCUACACAAACCGAAAUGCUUGCAGAUGUAUCAUCAGCAGUUGUCUUAUUGUAUUACGCAGUUUGUAGAAAAGGAUUGCAAACUUGCUGAUACGGUUAUAAGAGGGUUGCUUAAGUACUGGCCAGUGACGAAUAGCUCCAAAGAAGUUAUGUUUCUGAAUGAGCUGGAGGAAGUGCUCGAAGCAACUCAGCCGCCAGAGUUCCAACGGUGCAUGGUGCCACUGUUUCGCCAAAUAGCUCGAUGUUUGAACAGUCUGCAUUUUCAGGUUGCAGAGAGAGCUUUAUUCUUGUGGAACAACAAUCACAUCGAGAAUCUGAUAAUGCAGAGCCGUAAAGUCAUUCUUCCGAUUAUAUUCCCUGCGUUGGAGCGAAACGCACAGAACCAUUGGAACCAAGCGGUUCACAGCUUGACGCUAAACGUGCGGAAGAUAUUUCACGACCUUGACCCUGAGCUGUUCAAGGAAUGUCUUGCUAAGUUCAAGGAAGAUGAAUCAAAGCAAGCUGAAACCAAAGCAAAACGGGAAGCCACUUGGAAACGUUUGGAAGAACUCGGGGUGCGAAAGGUUUCAUGA